AUGAAUGCACAACAGAAAUACUUAUAUGUCGAGAAGUACAGUUAACAGAGGAAACUUGAGGACGUCCAGGUGUCGAGGCGCUACCUUCUUUAUGCCCUUCAGGAGUAGUAAAAAUUGUAUAGGUUACAGUUACUUCCCUAAUCGGCAUUUAGUCAACGAACGUAGAUGGUAAAUUCAAAGCGUUAUGAUAAAUUUACAUCGGCACGUUGUGAAAACUUUGUCGAAACGCUGUUGGGCAAUUCGACAGAGAAGUGACUCGAGCGGAGUAUACCCGACUGCCGGGAUAAUCGUUAUCGGAGACGAGAUACUGAAAGCUCAGGUGAAAGACAACAAUUGCUUCUACGCCUGCAAACUACUAUGGAAUAAUGGAGUUAAAGUUCAGAAGGUUUCCAUCGUGCGAGAUAAUCUUAUGGAUAUUUCAAGAGAGGUACAGAAGUUUACGAGGAAAUACAAUUACGUUUUCACGUCUGGUGGGAUAGGACCGACUCACGACGAUGUCACGUAUGAAGCUAUAGCGUUAGCUUUUAGUGACAAGCUUCAUUAUCACCCAACGCUGAUGGAUAUCAUAAAGAAUUACUUCGAUGUUAAAACUCCUAAUUCUCCUGCUUUCAAAAUGGCAUAUAUACCAAGUAAAUCUGUACUCAAAUUUGGCAUAAAUCAAGACACAGGACAAACCCUUCCUUAUCCAUGCGUCGCAAUGCAAAAUGUUCACAUUUUCCCUGGAUCGCCAACAUUCUUCGAGCUCUCGUUUCGAGCUCUGUGCAAAGAACUUUUCGCCGAUAACAAAAGUUUUGCAGCAACAGAAAUUUACGUAAAUGCGAGGGAGGAAGCGUUCGCGGAUAUAUUAAGCUACGUCGCGCGAGAAUGUCCAAACGUUAGCUUAGGCUCGUAUCCGGAACGUCAUAGGUAUUACAAGGCGCGCGUAACCAUUGAGAGCGAGAACGAGAAGAAUAUCGAGUUGGCGAAAAAAUUGUUUUGCGAUCGCAUCCCGAGUAACACUAUAGUGCCCUACGAUCGUACGCCGCACGUCGCCUGUAUCGCCAAGUACGAGUCGUUCAUUGAAAACUCCGAGCGUCGGUCGGUUUAUGAGGGUUGCUUCAAGAAAUUCGUAGAUUACUAUCAGAAGCCCGAACAAGUAUGCAUAUAUUUGGACGGCAGCCAGGAAUCUGUCGCUCUCGUACACCUCGCACGUGUCGUCGAUGAUAAACUGCGACUGAAUUCGAGAAGCAAAUUGCACGCGGUUUGCUUGGACGUUCUCACAUUGGGAUUGAAUCAUUUUCUCCGUGAACUCUGUCAGAGAUACAACGUCGAGUUGUCCGUUGUGGAAGACCACGGGGACGUCGGUUUGACGAUAAAAAAUUUCGUCGCAACGAGACCAGAAUGUCGAGUGCUCUUGCUUGGGAAACGGUCGGAUGGCAACGAGAGAGAAGUUUAUAAUAAUUUUUCACGAUUAAACGACGCGAAUUUGCCCUUGCAAGUAUAUUUCCCUCUGGCCGAUUGGACGAACGAGGAUUUCUCGCAUUUCUGCCAGUCUCUUUGUAUACCUUACCAUACGAUAAAGCCUUAAUCGAUAAGGGCUGAUUCAUGAUUUUUUUUAUUCUUCUUCGACUGCGUACAGUCGUGAGAUUUCAUAUGAAACUUGAGAAAUAGAAAGAUCGUUUAGAACUGCGAAUCGGAUACCUAAGUUCGUGUAUGUCUAUAACAGAUUGUCAUACAUUUGUUGAAACGAAUAAAAAACCGUCUUCACUGUU